AAACAAAUCUGAAGCAAGCUCAAUAGCUUAGCUUACAUAGCUCACCAUCCAACCCUCCUUCCCAUAUUAACCAUCUACUCCCUGCAGCAUUUUAACAGACAAAACGCAAUCUUCAAGUCCCGAAAAUUACCUACCUAUAGGCGAAGUUAGGUGUCAUCACCCACCAUCCCCCAAAAUGUCCGACACCCCGAUCCAACACCCAACCCCGGCCGAGGCCUUCAAACAAGCAAAAGCGCACGCCACACUUCUACGUUCCCUCUACCUACACCCGAAGUUCAAGUACGCGCAGCCACCCACGCCCGUCUUCAUAAAGCCGAACAUGGACGAGACGCCACCAGCGCUCUUCUUCGUCGCCGACUUCGUGCAGACCACGUACAUCGAGUACGUGAUCCCGUUCCUGCCCGCCGGCGCCACGCGUAAAUGCAAGGAUGUCGCCAACCCCUGGGCCUACAUCGACGCGAACUACGUCUGGGAAUGGGAGUGGGACGAGGCUGCCGGAGUGUUGAAGGAUAAGGAUGGGAAUGUGAAGGAGUUCCCGAAGUUGGCUCAGGCCCAGGCGGUGCAGAAGAUGGGGGAUAUUGUGAGCCGUGGGUUUAUGGCAAGAAAGGUGAUUCUGGAGAAUGCGACGGAUUUGAAGGCGCAGCUUUUGAUGGGGGGCCAGCCGUUUGAUUUUGGGGAGGAGGUUGAGAAGGCGGUUAGGGAGACGUAUGCUUUCUAGUUUGGAUGUUGGGUAUUGUUUAUGGUUGGCCUGUUGAUGUUUACGCCGAUGGGGACUAGGUAGGGGAUGUCUAGUAAGCACGACCACGAAAGCGCAUGAUAAUGAUGGAUCUUAAAAGGGAGUUUGCCGUAUCGGGAUAAGAAUGGUACAGUUUGGGAUUUCAUAAUCGGAUAAAACACAGGAAUGCA